GCCAGAGGGAGAGCUCAGGCAACCGGGUGCGUGCGCACGUUUCCUUGAGCCGCGCGCGCACCCCCGAGCGCCGCUCAGUGAGAAUUUGCCGAGGGUGCGCGACGUGUUAUGUGCGUGGUUGUCGCGGGGUGACGAUCGAGAGGCUGAGCUGUGCGAGUCGCGUAAUUACGUGCGACAAGAUCGAUAUUCGCGGCGAUAGGAUAAUUCGGAGCGUGCCGGCCUCUCUUGUUUACGAAGCGCCGCAUGGCGGGAGGGGUGGUCUUUCUCCGUGCGACGGUGGCCGUCGCCGUCGGCGAGCGGCAGAAGGGAUGAGUGAAAGAGAGAAGGGGGAGGGAGAAGAAGCGCCGGUCCGGCGGACAUGAGGCGCGCGCGUUUCCCGCGCGACGCACACGUGAGUACAGCGCGAAGCGAGGCGAGUGUCAACAGCGGGAAACGUCAAGCGCGACGGGACCGCUCUCGCCGGACUUCACGGCGACGGACUUCAUCGGCACGUCGGGAAGACGAGCGAGUGCCGCGGAAUGACAUUCGUGCGAGCUGGACUGGAGCCGGAAUCGCGGUGAAGAAUCUUCGGGAACGCGCCUCGGCGGCCCUUCCUCCCGCGUGACACUGGUGUAAACAGACGAUUCGCGAGUGAGUGCGAGGGUGAGGUGACAAAUCCGAAAACGGGCCCGUUUUUGCGCGUCGCGAGGCACGUGCGAUCCGUCGCCCCGUCGGCCAUCGAUUUCUCGGUGAUUUAUCGCGUCGAGGUGCGCCGUUUCACGCGUUCGAGAUUUAAUGAAGAUUAAACACCGAUAGGUUAAGACCUUUAAGAGUAAAUACGUGUUUACGUACCUGCCCCGAACGGAGGCAAAAGUGAUUUUCGUAUCUUAUCUCCGCGGUGAACGGAAGAUGGAAAUUUAAGUGAACCAUUUAGAAAGGUCGCUGAAGUUAAUAAACAAGCGUGAAGAAGCCACACCGCCUCUGCUUGCCGAUAGGUAACAAAGCUCGUAGAUAACAAAGUGAUAAUUUUAAACGUAACGCCCGACUAACACGGGAAAUACAACGAGGCGUCGUACGGUUUCGCAAAUUCGAUGGCGACGCCUGUACCGCUCGACACGCCGCAUCGGGUGCACCGUUCGCGUGGCGUCCAACCGAAAGCGACGUAGUCGCUCUUUCUCUCUCCCCGGAAGUCGAGCGUCGAUAGUCUGAAUUUUUUCGAGUCAGCCGCGGAUGAACGACACCGUCCCGAGCGCGAUGGAGGACGUCGACGGCAUGCAGCACGUCGUCCAGACGCCGCGCGUCUCCUCCGUCAGCAGCAGCUCCCACGACAGCGUCGACAGCGGCUACCUGUCCAUCGUGACGCCGCAGACCGGCGGCUGCACCCCGAAGAUGGUCACCGGCUACAGGACCCGCUCGUCCACCGGCGCGUUGCUCUCCGCCAGGAAGCACAGGUACCACCGUCCGGAGCCCUUCCAGUGCGAGAAGGUGCUGAGGCACCGCUCCAAGUUCAGCCAUCGGCUGAACAUCUCGGAGCUCGACUACCUCGUGUCCGAGAACCCGGUCUCGGAGCAGGACUCGGUGCUGGAGCCGUCGUGCACGCACGUCGAUCGGAGCCUCAGCCUGGUGCACUCCACCCCGAGCUGCGCCAACGACGAGCUCGGCAAGGCCCUCAGGAACACGAGAAACUGGAGGACCACGGUGCCCGUCACCCCCGCGUCCGCGGACCUCCAGAUUCUCUCGCCGCCCCCGUCGCCGGCGGUCCCGUCCUCGUCCUACGUGGCCUCGGAGCCGAUCCAGGAGGACGCGGAAAUGAAACUAGUCCGUACGCCGCGGGGUAAAUCGCAGCGGGUCACGACCCCGCCGAGACUCAAGAUACCGCAGAUCGUGAUUUCGCAGAUCUGCACGGGCGGCACGCCGACAAUAACGUCGACGGAGAAUCGCAAAUUGCGCGAUCUACGUAUCACGGAGUUGGGGGCCACGUCCGAGAUCAAGCCCAAGAAGCUGGACUUCAGCCAAAGGGCCACCCUGGACUACACGGGAAGGGAGAAGGUGGAUUUCUUGUUUCUUCUCGGGGAGGAGAGCAACCAUUUGCCUCUGGUAUCCAAGAUCCUGUCUUUUCUUUCGCCUCAAGAUCUGUGCUCGGCCAGUAUGGUGUCGAGGGUGUGGAAAAGGAUCUGCAAAGAUGACUCCUUCGCCAACAGGCGAAGAAUGAGUUUUAUCAUGCGGAAGAACACCGUCAAGGAGAACCUGUGGCUGUUGGCGAUAGCGAAGAAGGCGAAGCACGAGGACGAUAUACAGACGAGUCCUAGGAGCAGACGUUACGUGCGGAAGGGACACCUGCUGGAUGUACAGAACUUGCUGCACGUUCCGCCGCAGCCGAACAGCCCGCCUGUAUCACCGAGCAAAAUCAAGUUUCAUUCCUUCGUCAAGGCUAGUCGUACGCUCGCAAAUGGCGAGUACCUGCUGCCGUGCCCAAGGUGCAGCUUUCCCUGUCACGUGGAUAGCGAGAAGAAUGUGGGUGCCUGCUCGAGGCAGGGCUGCUCCAUCGAGUUCUGCAUCUCAUGCUCGUCGAAGCCACACGCGGGCCCAUGCAAGACGCCCUUACUAGCCACCCCGACGAAGCGCAACAAACGCCUGAUCGUCGGCUCGAGGCAGAGCAAACGGAAUCUGCGACGACUGUAAAUCGAUUCCUCUUCCCUCGGUCGAUCCGCGUUCCGAUCGUUCGCGAGGAGAGAAGAACUAGUCUAGCUACGGAGUCGCGUCAACUCUGUCGAGAAAGGGAACAAACGUGUAUUAUAGAUAAGAUAUAUAUAUACCGUAAACGAAAGUCAAAAGCGAUUUUAUAGCCUAAUUUGAAAGAUAAAUUAAUAUUUUAGUAAUUAACUUUCCCGAUUAAGUUUAUGGAAUGCGAAACUGAUACGACGUUAUCGUUUGCGUAUCGAGACGAAUUCGGUUGCACACCGUAGCGAUACGACACAUCUUCAUAGCUCGAGAAAUGCCCUGAGGGUACUUUCGUAUAGCAUAUUAACCUACGAGGUGGCAUAAGCGUAUUUAACCGCCGUAAAUGCCGCUUAUGAAUGAUUUUUAAACGUCGUAAAAUCCACGAACGCCAUAAUUAGCCCCGAUCCGUCGACACCACGAGGAGGCUUGAUGCCGAAGUACGGCUUAAAUCUCCCGAACGACAUCGGCGGAUGCGCAACCGAAUCCUUCUCCAGUCCUCCUCCUCCUCGUCGAUCUUCGGAGUAAGUUCCGCCCCGAGCGGUGCAACUGAACGAAGGAGAACGAAAGAGAUAGAAGGGGGCGAGAGAACGAGAGGCUAGCGGUCAGGGGGAGAGCGUACCCCUCGGCGGAGCACGGAGAGAAAAGAAGAAAAUGCGAAUGCGGGAGGGAAGGGAGAAAUGAGAAGCCAUAAAGGCAACGGUCGUAAAACCACGUAAGGUACCGGCGAAACACUUUGCGUCGCCCGGAUAUUCCGCUUUUUACCCGGGCGCUCUCGGUAUCUUAAUGAAGACGGGGAGAGAGUCGGUCGAGGGCCCGCGCGCGUUUCUGCGGCCAGGGCUUGUCCGCAGAACCGCUCUUUCUCCCUCCUUCCCUCUUUCUCUCACGGGAAUCGUAAAACAUAGCAACCGCCGGGACGGUCGCGAACUCUGAUGUCCGUCGAGAUGCGAACGAGACGAAUUCUUUCUCAUUCGUCUAACGACACGGUACGGCUUAUCUUUCUCACGUGUAAACGUUAAAACAUAGUUUCUAUUCCUUCGGACGGACGUUUCUCCUUCAACCCCCUGCUCAACAGGACAUGAGCAGAGUUUAAUUAAUCCUUGCUCUUAAUGGAACAUUUAAUACUGAAUUCGCGAAAGAAAGGGUGAGAAUGGGACAGAUUUUGAUAAAGUCUUGAAACAUGACACUAUAUUUUGUCAUAUACGAUAUUCAUAGCAAAUGAGAAAGAUUAGAGUGACAAGUUAAAUAUGUAUCCUCUAAAAUCCCAAAUUUACAACGUGAUCUCACGUAUCACUCUUUCUUUUGUAUGUCGAGUAAAUAUUAAAAUUACAUUUUACAAAAGUCCACGUUCUCUUCUCUCUUCGACGCGAAUCUGUAACCGUACUCUCGCUCUAUUCGCUCAAUAAGUAUGAUAUUGCAUGGAAACAGAUAAUAGAUACAAGUGUGCGAGAAGUAAAAGAAACAGUGCCAGAAUAGGAAGCGACUGUUGGAAAAAAUGUGGAUGGUUAUAUAAUUGGCAAGGGAAUUGUUAUCCCGCAAUAAUAUGAGUAGUACAUAUUUUAAUAAUUUCGUUUUACGUUAUCUGAUGGACCAACGAAGAAAAGAGAUUUUACGAGAGAACGAGAAAUUUGAUGUCACAGGAAAUGAAAGAUUCUCUUUGCUCUGCACUUUCUGGAUGUCAGAAGCCGGUACAAAGAAUUCUACACUUGUGCCAUGAUUAAGUUCGCGCCAUAAUAAUUGCCAUAUUUUAAAAACUAACAUAAUUACAAGGGAGAAAGAAACGAGCACGCGUUUCGGCAUCUUUCGUCCUCGAGUAAAAUCCUCAAUGGGGUGCCAUAUCAUAUCGUUUUAUUCUAUUUUCUUUUCUUUUUUUUCGUUCGUGCAUCUUUUAAUCCAAGUCCGUCUAAACGUUUUCAUGUCUUUUAAAAGUAGCGUUAGUUUGUCCCGUGUUUGUACUCUUAUUUUUAUACCGGUGUAUGCGAAAAAAGACUGCAUAUAAAUAACCGAGAGUGAUAGUAAUAUAUUUUGUAUUUCGUGUAAGCGCGCGACAAAGUUUCGUGAUCGGUAUUUUAUUUGCGCUAUGUUCUUGUUAAAAUGAUAAUGAUACGUUUAUUAUAUUAUACGAUUAAUGAUGUCUCUCUUCACAGGUUACUGUGCGGUCUUUAUAAAAAAAAUUUGACCGAUAAAUUUUAAUCAUUUCAUUUUUAUUUUUAAUUUAAUAAUUAUUUUUUUAUA